AUGCCCGCCUCUCAAGUCCCCAACAUUCUCCUCGAGGACCCAGAUAACGGCUUCGGCUUCAUCCGGCACAACCCGCUCCCCCCGAAGCCGCGCAAAACCGGCGUGACCGAGAUCCGCGGACCCUACUACUCAGUAAUGGGAAAGCGGUACCUGUCCGACGUGCUCGAGACGAUGGGACCGCACGUCGACGGGCUGAAGUUCGCCGGGGGCUCCUUCAGUCUGUUCCAGGAAGACCGGCUGCGCGAGCUGAUCGACCUGGCUCAUGAGCACGGCGUCUACGUCUCCACGGGCGGCUGGAUCGAACACGUCCUCACCGGGGCUGGCGGCGAUGUUUCAGGGACGGUGGAUCGCUACCUCCAGAAGUGCAAGGACAUCGGCUUCGACGUCGUGGAGCUCUCGACCGGUUUCCUCUCUUUGCCGGCGCCGGACUGGCUGCGGCUCGUGGAUCGGGUUCACUCUUUCGGGCUGAAAGCGAAGCCCGAGAUUGGGAUACAAUUCGGAGCUGGUGGGGACACGGCAGCGGGGGAUCUGGAGAGCAUGGGGACGAGCGAUCCGAGCAGGGUCAUUAAUCUCGCCAAGCAGUUCGUGGAUGCAGGCGUGGAGAGGAUGAUGAUCGAGAGCGAGGGGAUCACGGAGAACGUGAAGGAAUGGCGGACGGACGUGAUUCAGGCGAUCCUGAAGGAGCUGCCGAUGGACAAGGUCAUGUUUGAGGCGGCGGAGCCGGCGGUGUUCAAUUGGUAUAUCCGCGAGUUCGGCGUCGACGUCAACCUCUUCGUUGAUCACUCGCAGAUAGUGCAGCUGGCUUGCCUCAGGGCUGGCAUAUGGGGCAUGGCCGACACGUUCGGGAAGAUCGCUACGUACCGGCCGACAUAG